AGAACAGAGAAAGAAAUAGAUGAAAAACCCUGGAAACAGCAAGGAAAUACGUAAUACAAAUCUAAAGGAACAGAAAGAAGAUAAAGAAAACAAACAAUGUUUGAGAAGAAUGAAGAGAGGAGCCACUUAACGUUACUCUUCCUCAUCAUUCCACAACUUAAAACGUGCUCCCCAAGUUCAUCUUUCCUCUUGUUUUGAAUCAUCUCUCUUCUCACAGCAUAAAACCCAAUUCCAUUCUAACAAUACACAGCACAUCCCAACAAAAUUUCUUGCAAACUCUUUACUAGAAAAUCUCAAACUUACCCUGUUCCAUAUCUGCAACCACUUCAAACCUUAGUAGUGAAGUAUUGAACCCAAAAAGCCUUCAUUUGGCAGUUUGAAUAGGAUUUUGGAAAUCCUGGCCUGGCAAUAUGGAUCAUCUUAGUCCACAAUCCACAGAAGGCGACGAGGGCAUAAUAAGGCUGCAGAUAGAUUACAAGUUGAGUGAUAAUUGGGGUUCAGGUUCCACCACCAUUUUUGAACCUCGAAGACAAGUUGUUGACCGAAUAGAGACCAGAGACAGCAGCAAUGCAGACACUAAUUCUUCAUCAAGACCAACUGUACAAGCCCCAGAGAAGAAACUAACUCUAUUUGCUCUUCAACUCGCAGUUCUUGAGAAAAUGGCAACUGGGCUAGGAGCACUGGGAUUCAUCUGGGCAACCGUGGUUCUGCUCGGCGGUUAUGCAAUUAAACUAGGCACAAUUGACUUCUGGUUCAUCACCAUCAUACUCUUAAUUGAAGGUGCCAGAAUCUUUAGCCGAAGUCAUGAACUUGAAUGGCAACACCAGUCUACAUGGUCAGUUACAGAUGCCGGCGUGUAUAGCUUCUGGGCAUUUGAAUCGAGCUCCCAUUUCAUUGGUCGAUCAUUGAAAAGAAUUAGGGGGUCAGUUUCUGAAAGCCAAGGCCGAGAACUCAAAGAGAACAGCAAUGAAGAAAGACCAAGCAACAGGACAACACGUAUAUGGACAUCAUCAGAGGUUCCUUUGCUUCCAUAUGCAGAUUGGUUUUUUCUAUCUCGAAACAUAAGCAAGUUAUUCUAUUGGUUACAGUUGAUAUCAGCCUCAGCUUGCAUAACUCUUUCAAUAUUGAGAAUAGUUCAGUUGGAUCAUGGUGGCACAAUUGUAACAGACCCAGAUAAGAAGAAUCAGAGAUCUGCUCUGAAUAUUUUUUAUUGGUUGGCCUUGUCUGAAGCUUUCUUGUUUCUGUUGGAGAAAGCUUACUGGGAAUGGACUGUAAUCAAUCGUAGGCUACUGGAAGAGGUGAAUGAGGAAUGCGAAUUAGGAAGCUCUGGAAUGAUUUCCAUCAAAAGGUUUUUCUAUGAUGCAUUUUCAGAAUGUAUCAAUGGAAGCAUCUUUGAUGGCUUAAAGCUGGACCUGGUUUCUUUUGCUACAGAGCUCUUGGACUCUAAUUCCAGCGAUGAACAGCUCAUAGGGGUUGGAAUUCUUCAGAAAUUCUCAAACAAUCCCAGAUUUUCUGAUGACACACUUCAGAAGAUUGGGACUUCAACUUUUGUUAUUGAGAGAUUGGUGGAGAUGCUUAACUGGAAGAACCCACAAGAAGAAGAGAUCAGGAAAGGAGCAGCAGAGAUUGUGUCCAAAUUAGCUGGGAAAAAGCAGAACUCCCUUAGAGUUGCAGGAAUUCCUGGUGCGAUGGAAUCAAUAUCAUCAUUGCUCUACACUCAACGUAGCGCAGAUGGUGCAGCUGAUGAAAUCUGGGAGAAGAUGACAAUCUGUGACCGAGCAAAUUACGAGUUUUCGGUGUUUAACCAUUUGGGUCUCACCAUUCUCAAGAAACUCGCGAGAGACCAUGAUAAUUGUGAGAAGAUCGGUAACACAAGACGUCUCCUGCCAAAAAUUGUUGAUCUCACACAUGCAGGAGAAAGGGUUCUCAGGAACAGUCACCAAACAGAUAAUCGAAUGUUAACGAUGAAAAGAGCCCUGCAAUUGCUGAAGUUACUGGCAAGAACUUCUGGUACUGCUGGGAAUUUUCUAAGGAAAGAGAUUUCAGAGAUUGUUUUCACGGUAAGCAACAUCAGAGAAAUUCUCAAGCAUGGUGAGAAAUACCCAAUGCUUCAAAUUCUGGGAAUCGAGAUUUUAACCAGUUUGGCCUUCGAAGAUGAAGCAACAGAAAAGAUUGGAAGCACAGGUGGAAUCAUUAAAGAACUGUUCCGGAUUUUUUUCGAAGAAGGAUUACCUGUAGACCAAAAUUGUGUGAGGAUUGCAGCAGGGGAAGCAAUUGCAAUGUUGGCACUGGAGAGCAAUAAGAACUGCUCUCGGAUAUUGAAUCUGGAAGCAGUACCGAAGCUUGUCGGGGCACUUGAAGAUCCAAUUCUUCGUAUCCAUUCCGCAAGAAUUUUAAGAAAUUUAUGUUCCUACGCAAGCCACGAUUGCUUUCAACAAUUAAAGGGAGUCUCAGCUGCGGCACCUUCUGUUCUGAAGACGAUAAUGUCGGAAGAGAAUAAACUACAAGAAGUGACACUAGGGCUUGCAACACAGGUUUUCAAGUUCAUGACUCCUCGAGAAGCAAGUAUCACGUUCAAUCGAACUGGAAUCAAUGAGAUCAAAUUAGCAACGAAACUCAUGCAAAUUUUGAAAUUCUAUCAAUACCCAUCAGCCAAAGUUCCUAGAAUUAGAAGGUUUGCGAUCGAGCUAGCAAUUUGGAUGAUGAAAAACAACAAAGCAACAAUUCGUACUUUUAGGGUUCUUGGGAUGGAGAAGGAACUUGAGAUUGUGAGAGAGACGACAUCAGAGAUGGAAAGCUACAACAUUUUCUCAGGAACAGUUGGACUAAGCAGGCACAGUGAAACAAUUCACUCACUUGUUGAUAAUGCACUUGACUUGUUGGCAAAUGAGUGACAUUACUCACUCUCUCUGCAAAUCUAAUA